AAGAGGGGCAGUCCCGGGGCGAGUCCGGGGGCGGGUCCGGGGGCGGGGUUGAGCUAGGGUCUUGGACCCAACCCGUAGUGGCCCCGCGCUGCGCCAGAACCAGCCAAAGGCAGCGGACCGCGCACGAGGUGAGAAAUAAUCCAGACUUGGGACUCCACCCAAAGGUGGACUUGAGUGACCAAACCAGCAUAUCAGCUAUUUCCGUGUACUGCAUUGGAGCCAAAGCUGUCUAAAAAAAAACCAUGGAUGAUCCAAGAACUGUGCUUGAUGUUGAUGAGUACCCAGACACUGAGGCGCAGAAAAACCGAACGCUAACUCUGGAAGAAUGGCAAGAAAAAUGGGUGAAUCGUAACAUUUCAUUUCAUCAAGAACGAGGACAUCAGCUACUAAAGAAGCAUUUGGAUACUUUUCUUAAAGACGAGAAAGGACUGCGGGUAUUUUUUCCCCUUUGUGGAAAAGCCGUUGAGAUGAAAUGGUUUGCAGACCGAGGACACAGUGUAGUUGGUGUGGAAAUCAGUGAACUUGGGAUACGGGAAUUUUUUACGGAGCAGGAUCUUUCUUAUUCAGAAGAACCAAUUGCCGAAAUUCCUGGAGCCAAAGUAUUCAAGAGUUCUUCAGGGAACAUUUCGUUGUACUGCUGCAGUCUUUUUGAUCUUCCCAGAGUAAAUAUUGGCAAAUUUGACAGGAUUUGGGAUAGAGGAGCCUUAGUCGCCGUUAAUCCAGGUGAUCGCAAACGCUAUGCAGAUGUCAUGCUGUCCCUAACAAGAACUGGGUUUCAGUACUUCUUGUGCGUGUUGGCUUAUGAUCCAACCAAACAUGCAGGUCCACCAUUUUAUGUUCCAGAUGCUGAAAUUGAAAAAUUGUUUGGUUCAAUAUGCAAUAUUCAUUGUCUGGAGAAGGUUGACGUCUUUGAAGAACGUCAUAAAAGUUGGGGAAUCGACUACAUUAUUGAAAAGUUGUAUCUAUUUACAGAAAAGUAAAUGAGACAUAAAUAGAAGCAAGUAAUAUCAACAUGUUUUUGAGCAAUUGAAAAUUGUGCUAAGACAGAAAAAUAUAAUGGGAGACUUUUUAAAAAAAAUUGUUCACAAGUCACAUCACAGAUGUUUGCUCAAAAACACACAUUAACUUUUUUAGAAAAAGACAUGUACUUUGGAAAGGAAAGUGUGAUUGGGGGUAAAAGAUUAUACCUGUGCAUCUUACUUAGAGAUUGCAAGAAUUUUUUGUACAAUUGGCAUGGAUUACUUGUAGAAUUAAAAAAUAAAAGAGAGGAGUUCCCCUUGUGGCACAGCGGAAACAAAUCCGACUAGGAACCCUGAGUUUGCAGGUGCGAUCCCUGGCCUUGCUCAGUGGGUUAAGGAUCCGGUGUUGCAGUGAGCUGUGGUGUAGGUCACAGAGGCAGCUUAGAUCUGGUGUUGCUGCAGCUCUGGCAUAGGCUGGCAGCUGUAGCUCCGAUGAGACCUCUAGCCUGGGAACCUCCAUAUGCUGGGGUGUGGCCCCCUUUAAAAAGCAAGGAAAAAAGAGAGAGAGAAAUGUAAUACAUAUACCUUAAAGAAAUGUCAUAGACCUAGAAAAAUUGGCAUCCUUUAUGAAAUUUAGACCCACUGAAGAAAUGUAACACUUUAAUCAGCUCAGGGGAAAGACAGUGGUCCAAGACAUUAUGUAAAACAUUAACUUUUACUAUAAGCCCUCAUAUUAUACUCAACCGUAGAACCCCUUUUCACAUUUUUUUCUCCUUAUGUAAUUUUAUAUGUGACAGAAUGAAGAAACAAAUUUUUAAAUUAACAAAAUUAACCAAUGUCUAUGGAACAAAAUAUUUUUUUCCCAAACUAAAAAUAAAAAUUUUAAAGAA